CCCAAAGUUCCCCCGAAGGGGCUCGCUGUUUUGUGGUGCCCUCUAAUCUCCCUAAUCGUUAUUAUACUUUGCCCCAAUCCCCCCAAAUUUUCAAACAAUUGCUAAUGAUGAGCGGUUUUGACAAGCAUUAUCAAAUUGACAAAAGUUUUCGCAAUGAGGAUGCUCGCAGUAAUCGUCAAAUUGAAUUUUCUCAAUUAGAUUUAGAGUUAAGUUUUGCCUCCGAACGAGAAAUCAAAAAGUUAGUGGAAAAAUUGCUCCAAAUCGUUUUGAAAAAAGUUUUUGGUUAUCAAAUAACCACCCCUUUUCCGACUUUGACUUAUCGGCAACCCGAAAAAGUAACCGGAGAAGCAUUUGAUUUAAUUUGUAAUGGCGAGGAAUUAUUAAGCGGUAGCAUCCGUAUUUAUCAACGAGAUUUACAAGAAAAAGUUUUAGGAAUUUUAGGUUAUAAGCAGGAAAAAAGAGAAAAAAAUUUCGGUUAUUUUUUGCGAGCAUUAGAAUUUGCAGCUCCCCCCCAUGGCGGGAUUGGUUUAGGAAUUGACCGUUUGUUGGCGGUAAUAUUAAAUACUAAUAAUUUAAAAGAAUUAAUUGCUUUUCCUAAAAAUAUUGACGGCACUUGUUCGUUAACCGGAACCCCAGAUUUUAGAGAAAAACUGUCUUAA